ACUGUCAGCAAGCUCAGAGGAUUGAGAAUCGCAGAGUUUGUCCUCUACUGCAUCGGUUAUCCCGGCCGCUUCUCAUCUUGGAGGAGGCUCAGAGAUGGGCAGCGUUUGCCUGCUGCUGCUGCUAUGUCUCCAGAUGUGUGGGAUUUAUUCACAAGAAGGACGCUGGGAGGCCAGCUGGCAAAGGAACGACUCCGAUGUCAUGAGCGACCUGCUGGAGCAGUGGAAAAGGAACGACUCCGAGGCCCUGGAUGAGGAUUGGAAGCAGCGGCUCCCCAAAGGCAUCAUCAUUGGAGUGAGGAAAGGGGGCACCAGGGCCUUGCUGGAGAUGCUGAGCCUGCACCCCCAGGUGGCCGCUGCUCACUCCGAGAUCCACUUCUUCAACCUGGAAGAGAAUUACCGGAAGGGAUUGGAUUGGUACUGCCAACAGAUGCCCAAUUCCUACAGCAGUCAGAUCACUGUGGAGAAAACGCCCGGCUACUUCGCUUCCCUAGAGGCGCCCGAACGGAUUUACACCAUGGACAGAUCCGUGAAGCUCCUCUUGAUCGUGCGGGAUCCCGUGGAAAGGCUGGUGUCCGAUUACACCCAGAUCCUCUACAAUCGCAAAGCCCGGCGGAAACCGUACCAGUCCCUGGAAGAAAUCCUGGAAAGGGGUCAAGAGCUGAACACCAGCUACAAGGCCAUGCAACGCAGCCUCUACGCCCUGCACUUGGCUCGGUGGCUGGAGUUCUUCCCGACCACGCAGAUCCACGUGGUGGACGGAGGCGGCCUCAUUCGGCAGCCGCUCUCGGAGAUGCGUCACGUGGAAGAGUUUCUGGGGCUGGAGCCUUACCUGGGGCCCAACAACUUCUAUUUCAACGAAACCAAAGGCUUCUUUUGCCUCCAGGCCGCAGGAGAACGGCACUGCCUUGACCCGUCCAAAGGCCGGCCUCACCCCACCGUGGAUGAAUUACUGCUGGAGAGGCUCUGCACCUACUUCAGUCAGCACAAUGAAGACUUUUUUGCCAUGGUGGGGCGGACUUUCAACUGGUGCUGAGUCUGGCGUGGAGGCCAAGCUGGGCGUUCCGUGGAUAUUUCCACCAAAAACUUUCCCAUUUUUCUUUCAAAAUGGAAACUCAACUCUACCGCUGUAUGGUAAACCGGUUUGUAGAGUCAAACAGCCAAGCCUGAAGCUGGAGGUUUGAAGAUCCUUGGGAAACCACUUGAGACACUAUCAUUUUUUUGAUAAAAGUGGUUUUAACUUUUCUAGCAAUCCCAGCAGGUGAAGUUAUGCUCUUUAUGGUUAUGUUCCUCCCCCCCCCGCAA